AAUUGUGAACCCUAUUUCAUACUCUUGGUUAUGAUUAGCUAAAUGGGUUUCACACAAUGUGCAGUUUGUUUACAAUGACAUUGGCUUGUGCUCGUAAACGAAGAAGCUAUAGUUAUAUUCCAUGUCAUCAUACCAGUCAUCGGCUGGUCAAUCUUAACAUUCUUAUCGUGAAAACGGAGCAUCUCAGCAAUAAACCUGUCAAUCUAUUACAUCCCACGACGAGCCAACCAUUAUUCGUUUUCCAGAAAAGUUUUUUGAUAGCGAAUUUACGUGAUAUAUUCAUAUUGAGAGUGAGUCAGAAACGAGUGAUGAGUGAGAAAAAUAUAUAACAUUGAAAACAGUGCUGUGGUUACAAUCGUAUAAAAAACUAGCAUAAAUCUAAUAAAAGAACAAAUUUUUUCCCUUAAAACCAAUAUUCAAAUCCACUUUAAAGUAACGUUUUUGUGUUAGACACGACUAAAAACGCACUACAACGAAAAGGUACAACAACUAAUCGCAGCAAUGGGAAAGAAAAACUCCAAACUAAAACAAGACGCCAUCGAUCGUCUGACGACAGCAACGUACUUUACAGAAAAAGAAAUUCGACAAUGGCAUAAAGGAUUUUUAAAGGACUGCCCCAAUGGUUUAUUAACAGAACAGGGAUUCAUUAAGAUAUAUAAACAAUUUUUCCCUCAAGGCGAUCCAAGCAAAUUUGCAUCUCUCGUCUUCAGAGUAUUCGAUGAAAAUAACGAUGGAUCGAUAGAAUUCGAAGAGUUUAUAAGAGCUCUUUCAAUAACUUCAAGAGGAAAUCUGGAUGAAAAGUUACAUUGGGCGUUUCGAUUGUAUGAUGUAGACAAUGACGGUUUCAUAACACGGGAUGAAAUGUAUAAUAUUGUUGAUGCAAUAUAUCAAAUGGUGGGUCAGCAGCCACAAAGCGAGGACGACAAUACACCACAAAAGCGAGUGGAUAAAAUAUUUGACCAGAUGGAUAAAAACCACGACGAUCGAUUGACUCUGGAAGAGUUUCGUGAAGGCAGCAAGGCAGACCCAAGGAUUGUACAGGCGCUAAGUUUAGGCGGUGAUUAACCAAAACACACAACGCGGGAGGAGGAGGAAAUCCCGCCUCGUUCAUAUUGCUACAAUGCGCAUAUGAACAUCAAGAUUACUCACUGCAACGCAGUGUUUGUAAGGAUUUUAACCUGAAAAAUGUUUUAUAACCCAUUCAUCUUUCUGCACAACAAACCACUUGGAGUUUAAGCUUCAUUGAAUUUAACAUCUAUUAAUACAUAACUUUCAUUAGGUUAAAUGUUUCAACAAAAACCCAAGGCAAUGUUCGACACAAAACUGAUUCUUCUUCUUCUUUGGCUCAACAACCGUUGUCGGUCAAGGCCUGCCUGCACCACUAAUUGAUUUCCCCCCAUAGCAGGAUAGUCAGUCCUACGUAUGGCGGCACGGUCUAUUUAGGGAUUGAACCCAUGACGGGCAUGUUGUUAAGUCGUACGAGUUGACGACUGUACUACGAGACCGGCUCAAAACUGAUUACUCUGUUUGUAUUUUUUCACUUUAUUUAUUAUAAUUAUCAUUAAUAUUUAUAAGAAUUUAUUAGUUUCGGUCCAUCAUAGAUCUGUUCAAAAAUGCAACCACACAAUAUAUGCGUAUGCAAUAGCUAAAUUUAUUGAAAAUUGUAAAACUAACGCAGGCCAUAAUCUUUUUGAUAUUGCAAGCAAUGUGUAAUGAAUAUUGAAACUACAACACUUAACCAAAGAUUCGUGCGCAGCACGUUAUAUGAUGAACAAUGUGAAAACAAUCGAUAAAAAAUUACUAGCAAUCAAUUUACUAUAAAAAUGUUGCCAGCUUAUAGUGCAGAUGUGCUAAACCAAUUCUGAUUGUUCGUGAAACUCGUGUUGUCCAGCUCACUUCUAGUGAAGUUAUGUAGCACAAUCAUAUUACAAAUCGGUAGACAGACAACAUUUAGAUACUAAUACAUUAACAUGCUUGAAGAAGAAAAUGUAUUACUAUGAAUCACAGCAAUUAAAUUAUUGAUAAUCUUAAAUAAAAGGCAAUCAACGUAUGCCAAAUGUUAAUCAAAUAGAAGCAUUCAUAGCUUUUACAGGAUUUAAAUAUUGACAACGAACCCAUUAUAUUAUUUAUCAGACAUUUUGCCAAAUAUUGCCAGUUAAUCUAUCAGUUAACAGUUAGUACAGCGCCUACCAUUAUAAUAUCGACAGUCGUUUUUUGCGAUUCACAUGAAAUAUGGAAGAUAUAAAUGAAAACUGCGAAAGAAAUGGACAAAAUGUAAUUCCUUGCAUAUCAUUUUUUUAAACCAAUAGCAAACGACUUUUUCCGGAAAAACAAAUUUACUGUGGUGAUUUUUAUUAACAGCAUUAUUCACAUACCGAGUAUAGUUCUUCUUUUGGCUCAACAACCGUUUUUGGUCAAGGCCUGUCUGUACUACUUGUGGAGUUGGCUUUCAAUGACUUUUGGAUUACCCCCAUAACAGGAUAGUCUGUCCUACGUAUGGCAGCACGGUCUAUUUGGGGCUCGAACCCAUGACGAGUUAUUCGGAGGAUAGUUAUCUGUUUUAUUUGUGUAGAUACCGGCUUCAAACCUCAUGCAAAUUCACACGGCAAAUUCACAAAAAUCUCAUGAACAUUUCGGUUUUUUAUGGAUAAUGUGCCAACUAAAAAGCACUUAAUAAAUAGUUGGCAGUCAAUCGAAAUUCAAUCAGUGAGUUUAGACUGUGCAUAAAUUGCAAAUUGUGCGUGAUUUUUCGAGAACUGUCAAUAUGUCGGCUCAAUUCUGUUUGCCGGAAGCAUAGCUAACGAAUGUCAUCUACGACGACUGAGGAAAGUUUUCCCAUGAGUGGUCCAAGGAACUGUCCAGGAAGCCACUUAGUCCGAAAAUAGGUGUCCUACUUUAGGAAGCCACUACUGCAGGUUCGGAUUCAUGAUUUCAUGGCAGCAACAACAUUCUUUUAGGGGAUACGGGUCAUGUCGGACACACAGUUGCACAGUCCAGCUUGGAAUGUUUUGAAAAUCAUGUUAAUGAACUUGAAAAUGUUUGUGAUGCAAAUAUAUCAUUUGAAAUCUGCUGAAAAACAUAAUGAAAGUAAUGACGUUGACGUUGUUGUUGACGUUGAAAAUUGACUCAGACAACCCUGUAAAUAACACGCAUUACUUAGGGUGACGGUCCAUACGAGGUUUGAAGCCGGGACGGGAAUGUUGUUAAGUCAUCAGAGUUGGCGAAAGGACCGGACGAAACGAUGCAUAAAAUAAAAUAAAAUAGGAAUACUACUGGUCUAGAUUUGAUCCAUGUCUGAAACAUAUUUAGAUACUAUGGUGGUCACAAAUAAAACGAGAGCGGUAUCAGGGCCCGGAAUGGUACAGUAUCGGACAGAAUGAUAGGACCCUAGUUUUUUCAACGCAGCAUGCACCCGUUGGGACAGGUUUAUGUGUGGUUUGUAUGUGUGGUUUGUAUGUGUUUGUGUGUGUGUGUGCAUGUGUGUGUGUGUGUGUGUGUGUAUGUGUGUAUGUGUGUGUGUGUGUGUGUGUGUGUGUGUGUGUGUGUGUGUGUGUGUGUGUGUGUGUGUGUGUGUGUGUGUGUGUGUGUGUGUGUGUGUGUGUGUGUGUGUGUGUGUGUGUGUGUGUGUGUGUGUGUGUGUGUAUGUGUGUGUGUGUGUGUGUGUGUGUGUGUGUGUGUGUGUGUGUGUGUGUGUGUGUGUGUGUGUGUGUGUGUGUAUGUGUAUGUGUAUGUGCAUGUGUGUGUGUUUAUGUAUGUUUGAAUGUGUAUUGGUGUGUGUGUUUGUUUCACAAGUAUGUGGUUUCGGAUAGAUUUGUUAGUAGUUUUUUUGUGUUUUGGGUAAGGUUUUUGAUGUAAUAAGCGGUCCUGCUCUCCCCCUCGCGAUCAGUGUUCCCUCGAUCUAUUAACAAUUUUACGGUCUUCUUUCGCCGUGGUCUUCUGAGGACGUCCGGUUGACUUGCGCGUUUCGGUUGUCCAAACACAUUUCGGAUGUCCGAAGCGCGUUUGCGACAAAAGUGCGCGAUCGUUCCAUUACGAACUCGAUCGUUUUGCGCUUAAUGCCAACAGCAGCCAUUCGCUUUUUCAUAUGGCGCUGAUAAUCGGUACAACGUUUACCUCGACCCAUUUUUACUAACAUUGCUUGCUUGGACCGUCAAGAACGCGCUGCUUAAAAACUUGGACACGGCUGAUCCCGUGCUCUGCAUGCGUUCUGCUUCUAUACGUGAUGAAUAACAUCGUUGUUUAGCAGCGAAAACAUGCGUAUGGAUAAAAACUAUCAAUGAGUAAGCAGGUGAGCGUCAACCCAUUUAAAUCGAGAACAGAAUACUGCCGCGCUCAUGAAACAAAACGCCCAUUGAAAAGAACAACUGCGCGCCAGCUCAAUGCACGCACAAAGUUUAACAUGCGCGCUCAACGUUCAACGCAGAGAUGCACGCAGGCCUUUCAAUGGCGUGCACUGGAGAAACACCUGUAAGGGAAUGCCGAAUUCAUUGCUAUUGUGCGCGUGUCCAUUUCGCAUCGCUGUCGCAUUCACAUCCAUCAACCAGCACACCUGCGUUUUCGGCCGAGGAACAAGCGCUGCUGUCGAUGCAAACUUUAAUUUUUAUCGAAGUGUAAAUGCACGAUGUUUCACAUGAAAACACACAUUAUCAGAAUGCUUUCAACGCAAUAUGAAACCAUGUCAAGCUACGUUUCUUCCUGCGGUGGGCCUGCUUAUUACAUUAUAAACCUUACCCAAAACACAGAAAAACUACUAACAAAUCUAACCGAAACGACAUACUUGUGAAACACACACACACACACACACACACACACACACACACACACACACACACACACACACACACACACACACACACACACACACACACACACACACACACACACACACACACACACACACACACACACACACACACACACCCACACACACACACACACACACACACACACACACACACUCACACACACACACACACAAGUAACGUGGUAAAAGAAAUGCACGUUGCGAUGAAACAUUUUUCUUCUAUAUUAUUAUCCGAUACUGUAUCAGGAUCUGUUCCAAGACUGACAAGGAAUCUUAAUGAUUUCAUGAGCCAUUAUAGGUUUGGCAUUAGUUCUAGUAUCGGUAUAUGAUACAGUUUCUGUAAGGGGUCAGGAUCAGUUUAAGUGCUGGUGUGGGUUCGGGAUAAAUUCUAGUACAGUACGGCUUUAAGAACUGUUCCAGGAUCGAUCAAUUCCAGAGUCUAGAACAAUUCCAGGACCGGUAUGGGAUCGAGAUCUAUUCCACGACUGUGGUAUGGUGUCAUAUUAUUAUUCAUGCAUAUUUUGCAAAUGUGCAUGUCAUUAUUCCAAUAUGUUUUUCAACAGCUGUCAAAUGUUGAAUUUGCAUAAUAAUGAAAUUUAAGUUCUUACAUACACUCUCCCACAAUAUUUUAUUUGUUUUUUUGUACAAUUUUUAUUUGCAGUAAUUAUUACAAAAAGCCAGUUUACUUUUUAGUUAUGCUACGGUCCUAAAUUGAUUUUCUCGUAAUAAUAAGUCAUUUUUCCAUAAAAAUUUGAAAAAUAUUACAUAAACAUGUGAAAUAGUAUUGUUAACAAAUUAUAAAUCUAUUGUCCUUGCAGUUAUCGUAUGUGAUCUAUUGAUUGAUUAUUUUGCAACAACAUAAUUUGAGUGAAGAAAAUAAAGAAUCAAAGAAAUUAUAGAAAAACUUAUCUUCAUUUUUGCACUCUAUCUUACAAAAUAUUAAACAUAUUUGAUACGCUCUUGAAAAUUUGUAAAAAAAACUAUAGUAAAAAAUUGUACGACUCCAUCCCUCUAUUUUUGGACAAAUAACAAGCCCAAUAAUUAUAAUAAUAAAAAAAACAAUAUUUUCGAAGUGAUGGUAUUGUUUUGUUACGUCACUAAAUUUUUUUUUACGGAAAAAGACGUGUUGAAAAUUUGAAAAAAAAUAUGCAAAGGCGUUAAACCAUGUAUUGCCUAAAUCAUAGUUUCAAAGUUUUUUUACUGUUGCAAAUUGCAUACAGAUAUGGUAGGCGUUGUAUUACAAAAUCUUCAGUUCAUAAAAACCGCAUUAUGCGGAAAAUGUCAAUAACAAUCGGUUGAUUAGUUCUGACUGUUUUCAUACAAGAUAUCCGGGUCGUUGAACUAAGCAGCAGAUGAAAUUUAAAAUAAAGAAUACAUAUUAAUAGGUAUGGUAAAUUCAAACACAAGGCGACCGAUUAAAUUUCAUACAGUAUUUACAAAAUAAUGGCAACUAUUUACAACAAUAUGACACCGUCUGAAGUACGUUAAUAUUUCACGUACAAGUGAUAAGACAGAAGUUUUUGUGUUUACGAACAACAAUCAACUACUUUAAAUUUUAAGAUAUAAUGUUCAAACAAACGGGAAUAAUUUCAUUUUUUCAAGUUUUCUCAUGAUAUUCUAGUAUUCUCAUGGUAUUAUAUUCUGGUAUUCUAUAUGAUAUAUACAUCUAAUUUAUUACAAUUUCAUUGCUUAAUAAGUACUUACCCACGAAAAUGAUACUUUUUCAAUUAUUAUACAACAUUAUUUUCCCGACUAACAUACUUAUUCCGUUCAACAAAUCCAGUGUUUCAGAAGUUUUUACGGAAAGCUGAUGCUGACUUUAAAUAUAUUUAAAUAACAUCUUAUAACUAUUUAAAUUAAAUUGAUUUGAAUGUUUCGAAUUGUUUCUAUUUGUUUCUUAUUAAUUAAUCCUUCCUUUAUGCAUUAUAGUGCACUUUAUCGAUGAAAAAACAUUUUUGUACAUAAAAUCCUCUCUACUAUGAUAAGAUUUUUGGUUUAUUUUUAGGCAAUGUAAAAUACUUUCACUUUCAUUUAUUUUUUUAACUAUAAAAAAAUAUUUAUGUUUUUCAUCGCAUGAAACAAGAAAAAAAUAUGCUAAAUAACAUCUUUAAAACAUUUAAAAGAUUAUUUAUCUUAUGAGAUAUGCUACAAGCACUCAAGAGUGCAACGAUUUUGUUGAUUUUAUCAAACGGCAAUAAGUUCAAGUCCUUUUUUGACAUUCACAUGAAUUAACUUGCUGGAAGCAAUUCCUAGUCUAUAUUUAUAAAAAAUCAAAACUCGAACGAAAAUUACCAUAUAAAAUAUCCAGUAUUUACUCCACCAAACAAAUGCGGUCAUGAAAAUUAGUUCAUCUUCAAGGACAGUGUCAUAGCUUAUUUGGAUGCAAUUUUAUUAAACGCAAUAUGCUGUCAAAAAUGUGUAUUUUAUAACGAAGUUUGGUUGUCCGACGUUAUCGAACAAAUUACUCACUAAACAUUUUGACAACACGUCCAAAAAUUGCAUUUGACGAAGGAUCUCUAAUGAAGCCUUACACAUAAAAUACCUAUUGCACGUAUACAAGUGCAUGUUUUUCACAUAAUAUGAUACCUGCCUGUUUAUGGGUCAUAUGUUCAGUUGAUUGAUAUUUCAAGUAUUUUGUUGUGAAUAAUAACCGUUGAUUACCUUUUGGUUUAUUUUUAUUGUUUUCCUUACAUAAGAGUAAAAAAUCCACUCGUUUAAGAUUGCUAAGGUUUGUUCAUCCCACCUAAAAAAAUCUAGCAGUUUACAUAUUAGCAAACUAAGUUGAAAUAUCAUAGAUAAAAAGAUAUGGAACGUGCAACUAAUUUUAAGGCUUUCAUCCACACGUUUCAUUCUUUGAUUUUGAUUUUUUUUUUAUUAUUGACUACUAAUGGAUAAAUUUGAAAACCCCUAGAGUAAUUCUACUCACACUGAAAUUGAAUCCGAGCAAAUAACUAAAAAUCUAUUUCAAUAGCAACUAACAGCAUUUUUAGUGAAAGAUUUCUUCACUACAUUCAAAUAACAAAGAUGGAUAGACAAUUUUUUUCUAUUCGUAGUUAAAUAAGCACAUUUUUAAUUGAUAAUUACUACAUGCUAUGAGUUCACAGCUAAAAAAGCUUAAAUGACUUUAUUACAGUCUUUGCAACCUGUAAAAUUUACCUUCAUUGUAAAAUUGAUUCUUUGCUACCUCGUCUCAAAAGUAUCAGAUCUCCAAAGAGGACCGGAGUCUAAACACACGCCGGCUUGAUAAACUGGAUAGCAAUAUACACAAAUUUAUUUCACAACUGCUAUUCUUGUAUUUCUCAACUGUCAUUCUCAACUGCUAGCGCUUCUACACAAUGCAUUACUAAACUUACACUUAAAAUCUUUGUGUGGUCGUUUGCGCUGGCUCAAAUUCGGGCAAUUUUGCGUAUAUUGGACUACAAAAAAGCAAAUAGCAUUCUUCCAUCCAAAGUGAUUCGAGUAUGCCUUUUUUUUAAAAUUACAGAAUCUUUUCAAUAUCGCUAUACCGUAGAUUUUUUUGUUAUUAUUCUGUUUAAAUUGUUUAGUUGAAAUAAUCUCUGCUUUUGUUGAUUAAAAUGAAAAUGAACUUCAGUGGAAGUACUGAAGUAGUUUUAGAUUACAGAGAUUUUGAGUCUUUCGAAAAGUCAAAUGCGUUUUGACGUAUGAAAUCACUCAAUGUAAUAUGUUCAUAUUAAAUAACCCACUAGUACGCUGGAUCCUUGAAUUUGCUGUUCAGACAAAAUUUCCUACAAGAUGUAUUGCUCCAAAUCCUCGGAGGUUUAAAAUGGCAACUAGGAAAUAGAAUACGCGCAGCAAAUCAUUAUAAAAAUAAAAUUUAAGCGUCUACGCACAGCAAAUCAUUAUGAAACCAAUCGAUUUUUCCCUCAAGCUACAAAAAAGUCCUUAAAACAAAAAAAAUGGCACUGGUAUACUGCGUUUCAUAAUGAUAGGUUGAACUAUUCUUGGUGGAUGUUUGCAGAAAUUUUCCUUAUUUAAUUUCAAACAACCUCAAAUCUUGUUCCCCAAGAAAAAAAAAUACAGUAUCACAGUGUUUUGGAAAUACACACGAAACCGUAAUUUAAAUAAAAAUCGUAGUUCUUGUCAAAAGUGAUUUAAACUCGGAAGACCACUAAUGGUUAAAUGAUUUUUGUUGUUAUAAACUAAUAAUUAGAAUCAGUUUUUCUCGUGUUGUUUUCUAUUAUAAAUAUUUUUUUUAUAAAUUAUAAAUUAUAACUUUUGUUAGAAAGCUUUAUAGGUUCUCCUAGCUCAUUAGAUUUUAAGGAUUUGAUAAGGGCGAAUAAUGUAACUCCAGUGUAAAAGAAAAGUGUCAAAAUGCUAAUUUUCAAGUAUGGUCCGUGUUAGCGAACUCGAUUUGUCUCUGGUUUGACAUACCUAACUGAAUGAAGGACAUUUCCGACAUUUCAAACGGAGACCAUUCUUUGUGCUUUCCAUCUCACAGCUUUGCGUCAGGAUAAAGCUACGGAAAGCAUUUUGUAUUCACGGUUUUACUUUUUUUUCUUUUUUCUUAUGGCUCAACAACCGUUGUCGGUCUAGGCCUGCCUGUACCACUUAUGGGCUUGACUUUCAGUGACUUUUGGAUUACCCCCCAUAGCAGGAUUGUUAGUCCUACGUAUGGCGGCACGGUCUAUUCGGGGCUUGAACCCAUGACAGGCAUGUUGUUAAGUCGCACGAGUUGACGACUGUAUCACGAGACCGGCUAACUUCACGGUUUUACUAUGAACUUAAUAUUAAAAAAAAAACGCAAAUUACAUAUAAUUUCAUUCAGAAUGGAUUUUUUGCAAUGAUUUAUUGUAAAUAGUGUAGUAAUAACAAAAUUUACAGAACGUAGAGAAACAUAAAACAAACGCUACCUUGCAUGUCAUCGCCAAAAACAUUAAUAGAACAGCAUACAAUGUACACCAUUUGUAGAAAUAAUAAUAAAAUUGUACAACACCUCUUGUGUUUCACGUUGCAUUUUAUUUUGACAAAUAAAGCCAUUUCAAUUUGGCAUUUUCGGAACGAAAUUCUCAAACAAAUUUCUAACAAGUUUGUAUAAUAUCGAUUUCGUUCGUGUAAAAUGAUAAUUUGACACUAUUCCGUUUGAAUCAGGCAAUUGGCAAUUGUUUUAUAUUUUCAGAUUUUUAAUACAAAAUACUUCUAAAACUAGCAUACUUUAAAUUUAGUUUGUUAAAAUUCCUUAAAAUCUAGUUUAAAUCUGUUGUUGAUCAUUUAGCAACUAUAACAAAUCAACAUUCAUCACUCUUGUGAAAUGAUUCAGAAUGUUUAUAGGACAACUUCUGUAGAUUACGAACACACACAUUUGUAAUACAUUUUACAAAAUCUUUCACGAAUCUUUUAGCAUGUAAUUUUUAGAUUAUCCUUACCUUUGGGUUGGGGGACACUUUUACAAAAAAAUAACCGUUUCACCCUUUUGUCUCGUUACAUGUUUAUGUUUAUGUUACAAUUUAUGUUGGUCAUACAAAUUACAAUUUGAUAAAGUAAUAAUAAUUAUAAGUUUGUGUAGCAUACUGAUUAGAGUUUUCAUUUCCAAUAUGUUUACACGAGAUGAUAAAAAAUAUUCUUCUUCUUCUUCUUCUUCUUGCGAGAGGGGAUGUAUCCUCCUAUGUUGUUCAAACUUGUUCAAGCUUGUUUGAAACAGCAUAUUCAGAGGCUUACUCUCUCUGUAAAGACUUCGACUAUCUAGAGUCAUAUGUAAAAAUUAUUAAUGUACAUUUGUUGUCUCAUAACACAGUAACUAAAAUUUAAAUUUAUAAAUGACUAUAUCAUUUGUAAACAACAUCAUUCAAAUAAUGCAUUGUGUGAAGAAUGUUUGGUGUUGCUUUGUUGUUAUUUUGUUAAAAUAUUUUACAAAUUAUUAACUGAAAGAUUAUGAUAAAAACUCAAAUGACAAAUUUACCAAAACUGUCAAGCUAUCAGUAUGAAAUGCAGUGUAAAUAAGUUAACUUUAAAAAUUGCGUUGAAGUUUAAUUGUUUUUGCUCAUGCCAUUUUUUAUAAAGCGAUUUUUACCCAUAACAUUUCAUUAUUUGUUUGUUUACUUAGCUAUUUACUUACUUUUUUCAAAUUUAUUUAUUUAUUCAUUGUAUUAACCUUUGACUUAUAUAUUAACUUAUUUAUUUAUUUAUUUUUUUAAUUAUUUAAUCAUGAAUUUAAAUUAAUUUAUAAAAUAAUUUGUAUUUAUAUUGAAUUAAAAUAUUGAUUUAUUUUAUAAGUUUUCAUUAAACAAAAUUUGCUCAAAAAAUGUUACAUUUAAAAAGCUUGGUAUCUUAUAGUUCAUAGAAAUCAACCAAAGUAAAAACCAUGUACCGCCUAACACCCGAAUAGAACCUGAACCUGAAAUUCCGCAAAAUCGAAACACAGCGACGGUAACUUCCUUAAAAUCUACUCCAAUAAACGCAUAAAAUGAAAAAAAUGAAUGAGUACUACCAUUGUUUGUCAUAGUCAAAGCUUGUAAAUUAAAAAACGCAGAUUAAUAAACGUGAGUUAAAGAUACAAAAAUCGUUUUAAAAAUGAAGAAACGACUCGCUAGCUUGUGUUAGAGAAGAUGCACUUUAAAAAGUGCUUUAUACAUUUGAAGGUGCAUUAUAAAGAUGUCAUAAGUAUUUAAUAUUUGAUGCUAGCCAUGUAACAGAACAUCAAUAUUGUUAAACAUAUUAAUAGAGGAACAAAACAACGCAAAAGAGCAAAUUUUAAAUGGAUGUUAAAAAACAAGAAGCAAUAAUUGUUAAAGUUAUCUGAGUUGAAAAGAGAGUUGCAUUUGAGUUAACCUCAUAAUGGCUUUAAGGCCAGGAAAUUGUGAAAUGAAGGAGCAGUUUCCUAAAAACCUAACGGCCUAUCCAAUAGAGGAGUGAGAUAAAACAAUUGGAUAAUAACAUUCAUACCAAAUUAUGGUAUAGCAAAGAUCUUGAAAAGCAAUAUAGCCUAAAAUCAUUAGAACAACACACAUUAAUUCAAGACCUAAGUUGUUGCUGGCAUGUUGCUGCUUCAAUUUUCUGUUAAAAUUAAUUUUCUUGAAAAACAGGAAUACUGACAAUGACAUUUUUUUUAACCCAAUACUUUCCUAUCACUAUAGCAUUUGACAUCAUUAAAAUGAAGCUUAGCGGCUAAUAAAAACGUUUUGGGCUUGGGAUGCAACUCUCCCUUGUUGUUAUGAACUGAAACAGGAUGCUUAAUACGAAAAAAUAUCAAUGAACAGUUUACUGAG